GGCUGACGAGGCUGGAUUUUAUCGCGUUGCGUUAAGUAAGAGACACGAGUUUAGUGUGUGACGUGACGUUGUUAGUUGUAAUUUUUUUAUAUUCGUGUGAAUAAUGGAUAAUAAUGCAGUAGUUUCUUGGAUUUCGUCAUUAUUAAUGGGAGGUACAAUCAUGUCCGAGAGUGAAGCAAAAGUCGGAACCCAGCAAAUCCCAGAAAUAUCAGAUGGCAUGUUCACUUUCGUUGACAUGAUAGGGUCAGUGUUCAUAGUCGCAGUCGUCAGCUUCUAUUUGUAUUUCAAACACAAGAAAACAACCACAGUAUCCAGUGGAAGGUCUUAUUCUAUUCAGCCCACGUCAAUUACGUUACAAAGUACAUCGGAUACCUCGUUUAUAAAAAAAUUACAAUCAUCAGGAAGGAGUGUGGUGGUAUUUUAUGGCAGUCAAACUGGAACAGGAGAAGAAUUUGCGGGUCGUUUAGCCAAAGAAGGAGUUAGGUACAGAAUGAAGGGUAUGGUUGCAGAUCCGGAGGAAUGUGAUAUGGAAGAACUAGUGAAUUUGAAGACAAUUCCAAAUUCUUUGGCUGUAUUUUGUCUGGCAACUUAUGGCGAAGGAGAUCCAACAGAUAAUGCCAUGGAGUUUUAUGAGUGGCUACAAAAUGGUGAAGCGGACCUUACUGGUUUGAAUUAUGCAGUUUUCGGCCUCGGAAAUAAAACUUAUGAACAUUAUAAUAAAGUUGCUAUAAAUGUGGACAAAAGACUCGAAGAAUUGGGAGCUACUAGAGUCUACGACCUUGGACUUGGAGAUGAUGAUGCCAACAUUGAAGAUGACUUCAUCACAUGGAAAGACAAAUUAUGGCCUGCAGUUUGUGAAUAUUUUGGUAUCGAAUCUACAGAGGAGGAUGUUAAUAUGCGCCAAUACAGACUUGAAGAAUUUGACGAGGUUCCUGACCGACUUUUCACAGGAGAAAUGGCUAGAUUGCAUUCACUGAGGAGCCAGAGACCUCCCUACGAUUCCAAUAACCCAUUUUUAUCCAAAAUCAAAGUGAACCGCGAAUUGCACAAGAGCGGUGAUCGUUCUUGUAUGCACAUUGAGUUCGAUAUCGAAGGUUCUAAGAUGCGUUACGAGGCAGGAGACCACUUGGCUGUGUAUCCAGUCAAUAACUCGGAACUUGUUGACAUCAUUGGAAGGCAUUGUGGUAAAGACCUGAACACAAACUUCACACUCAUCAACACUGAUGAAGAAUCAACCAAAAAACAUCCCUUCCCAUGUCCGUGUACCUACAGAACUGCUCUUACUCAUUAUCUGGAUAUCACUCAAAACCCAAGAACUCACGUUUUGAAAGAGUUAGCCGAGUACUGUUCGGAUCCGGAAGAGAAAGAAAAAUUGAAACUGAUGUCGAGUACUACCCCAGAAGGAAAGGCUUUAUAUCAGAAAUGGAUUAUAGAUGAUAACAGAAAUAUUGUUCAUAUACUGGAAGAUUUGCCUUCUUGUCGACCAGCUUUGGAUCAUCUCUGUGAACUCUUACCUAGGCUGCAACCACGAUACUACUCAAUUUCAUCAUCACCUAAACUAUUUCCCAACACUGUUCACAUUACUGCUGUAGUUGUAGAGUACACUACUCCCACUGGCCGUCAUAAUAAGGGAGUUGCUACUACUUGGUUAAAGAAAAAGAUUCCUGACCCAGAGAAGGAGCUUCCUACAGUGCCUAUCUUUAUUCGCAAAUCUCAGUUCAGACUUCCUGCGAGGCCACAAGUUCCUAUGAUUAUGAUUGGUCCUGGAACUGGAGUAGCACCAUUCAGAGGAUUCAUUCAGGACAGACAACUUGCUAAGAACGAGGGAAUGGAAGUAGGAGAAACAGUUCUUUACUUUGGAUGUAGGAAGAGAAGCGAAGAUUUCAUAUAUGAGAAUGAGUUAGAAGAAUAUGAAAGAAAUGGUCUUCUCACCUUGCACCUUGCUUUCUCAAGGGAUCAACCACAAAAGGUUUACGUUACUCAUCUUUUGGAAAAAGAAGCUGACGAAGUAUGGAGAAUUAUCGGCGAAUGUAAUGGACACAUUUACAUUUGUGGGGACGCAAAAUCAAUGGCAACUGAUGUGAGGGCUAUUCUCACCAGAAUCAUCCAAGAAAAAGGCUCAAUGAACGAAGAACAAGCCACAGCCCACUUGAAGAAAAUGGAAACACAAAAACGAUUAUCUGCUGAUGUUUGGAGUUAAACCUUAUUUUACUUAUAAACAAUGAUUUAGGUAAUUGAAGAAACUAAAUCGACCAUAUCUGUUGAACGGUUAUUUUGUAUUGGUUGUGUAAAUGUAUAUUGUGACAAUUUUAAGCUGAUACCAUGGUGCCUAUUGUACAUACUAAUGCAAUAACAUGCAUUUAUUAAGAAACAGAAUCAUUCCAUACUAGUGCCUCUUUUAUUAUAUAUUCAGAUUUUAUAAAUGUUCAAAUAUCAAGUGUUGGUAACUAUCAGAAAUUAUGUUUUAGGUAGGUAGUAACAGUUAAAAUAAUGUAAAUUAUUUUAAGUAUUAUAGAAAACUUAUUGAUGAAAUUGAUUAAAAUAUUUAUAAGUGUUA